AUGGUCUCUUUCUCAAACCUCUUUGUGGCUGCUUGUGCUGCUGUUACUGCCUUUGCGCUUCCUAAUGAGCUGGAAAAGCGAGCGAUCACCACGAGCGAGCAAGGAACUAGCAAUGGUUACUUCUACUCUUUCUGGACCAAUGGAGGUGGCAGUGUCUCCUAUACCAACGGUGCUUCGGGCCAAUACAGCGUUAGCUGGACCAACUGCGGAUCUUUCACCUCUGGCAAAGGCUGGGCUACUGGCAGCUCUCGAAACAUCAACUUUUCCGGUUCUUUCAAUCCCUCCGGAAAUGCUUAUCUCGCUGUAUACGGGUGGACCACUAGCCCCCUCGUCGAAUAUUACAUCCUGGAGAGCUAUGGCACCUACAACCCAGCUAGCAGCAUGACCUACAAGGGAACCGUGACCAGCGAUGGAUCAGUCUACGAUAUAUAUACCCACCAGCAGGUGAAUCAGCCUUCCAUCUCGGGGACUGCGACGUUCAACCAGUAUUGGUCCAUCCGCCGGACUAAGCGCACCAGCGGAACAGUCACUACUGCAAAUCACUUCAAUGCUUGGGCUUCUCUUGGAUUGAGUCUCGGCUCGCACAACUACCAGAUUGUCAGCACCGAGGGAUACCAGAGCAGUGGAUCGUCAUCCAUCACCGUUUCAUAA